GGUCUCACUCCCCAUAGGUCGCUGAGAGAAGAGGAAGUGUCAGAGCUCUCUCGUUGUUGUUGUAUUUCAAGGCUGUUGUAUCGCUGUAUUGAUGAAGAUUUACGAUGGUGGUUACUACGCUCACUGAAAAUGUCUCCAUCUCUCUCCGCGUGAACGAGAUUUACUAUUCAGACUACUCAGAUACGAGGGUUAGCUGAGAUACUAUCAAAACUACUACUACUACUACUACUGCUACUACUAUUUCUACUACGCGGGGUUUUUAAAAAGUGUGAAAACUACUACUAUUAACACGACACGCGGGGUUUUUCAAGUGAAGAAACCUACUAUUGCUACUACUGCAAGUGAAUUUAAAGUGACUACUACUACUACUACUACUACUAUUACUACGACUACUACUUCUACGCGGGUUUAAGAAAAUAGCAAGAAAAUAAGAAGGAAACGAUAAUAGCAAGAAAGAAACAUCGAUAAAGGAAGGAAAUAGAGAGAUAAGGAAGAAUAAUUAGCAAUCGCAAGAAAAAACUAAAAAUUUCAAUCUAGGAAUUUUGACACGAUACAUUGAUUAGCCUCCGCACGUGUCAAUUUGCGUGUGUGUGUACGUGUGCGUGUGUACGUCCAUUGAUGCACGGCAAGGCUCCACAAAGCAGUAGCAGCAGCAGCAGUAGCAGCAGCGGUGUUAAAGUGCUGUUAAUAUCACAAGAACAGAACAAAAUGGCUGUGUUCGAUGCUGUCACUGUGUCCCCAAUCGUGAAGUCCUUCCUGGCGGGAUCUUUUUCUGGAACCUGCUCGACCAUUCUGUUCCAGCCCCUUGACCUUGUGAAGACCAGGAUCCAGACCGCCAUCACCCUGCCGUCCGGCAGCGGUAAUGGGAGUGUGGGAAUGUUGGCAACCGUGGGGCGUGUUGUGAGGAAUGAGCGCCUCUUUGGACUGUGGAAGGGAAUGACGCCGAGCAUCCUACGUUGUGUGCCCGGCGUUGGUCUCUACUUCUCGUCUCUGAGCUGGCUUAAGACCACAUUCUGCGAGGGACAGCCGGGCCCCCUCCAGGCUGUGGGUCUGGGAGUGGCCGCCCGCACACUGACCGGCGUGACUUUAAUUCCCAUCACUGUUAUCAAGACGCGCUAUGAGAGUGGAGUGUAUGCCUACAGCAGCAUGAGGGAGGCAGUGUACACCAUCUACAGGAAGGAGGGGGCUAGAGGCCUAACUAGGGGGCUGCUACCCACCCUGCUCCGAGAUGCCCCCUUUUCAGGCCUCUACCUUAUGUUUUAUACGCAGACCAAGAAGAAUAUCCCCAUACGCUACAUGGAGAGCAGCCUGUCCCCCGCCCUGCACUUCACCUCCGGGGUGGUGGCGGGCCUGCUUGCCUCAGCGGUGACCCAGCCCUUUGACGUGGUGAAGACUAAGAUGCAGCUUUACCCUCACAAGUUCACCAGCUUCCACCAGGCAGUUAUUUAUGUGCACCACAAGUAUGGCCCCAGGGGUUACUUCAAAGGAUUGGUGCCUCGUAUGCUCAGGAGGACACUCAUGGCUGCAAUGGCAUGGACUGUCUAUGAGCAGAUUACCAAGAAUUUUGGCCUGAAGUGAAGUGAAAAGGAAGAGAAAUGAAGAAAGAAGAGAGAGAGAGAGAGAGUGAGAGAGAGUGAGAGAGAGAGAGAGGACUAACAAAUUUAUACAGGGAAAGAAAGAGAGAAAGACAGAAUGAAUGACGCGUGCACACACACACACACACACACACACACACACACACACACACACACACACACACACACACACACACACACACACACAGGACUUUGAAAUACCUAAUAGUUAUAAUGUAUCAUCUCUCUCUCUCUCUCUCUCUCUCUCUCUCUCUCUCUCUCUCUCUCUCUCUCUCUCUCUCUCUCUCUCUCUCUCUCUCUCUCUUUAAUUCAUUUA